AUGCGCUUUGCACGCGCCUUUAUCCAGAACAUAAAUGCUACCUUUAAGCCAGUUUAUACACCCAACGAUUCACCUGAAAAUUGCACUCAAUUUAUUCUGAAUAAUACAGUGGAUAUAUGCGCCGAUGCUUUGGUUAAAAACUCCAACGCCUUUUCUGUCUCCAGGGAGCUCAGGAUUGCUCCUGCCAAUGUGAUUGUACCCCAUGGAAAACCAUUGCUAAGCUAUAGAUACUUGGCAGCACCGUUCAACACCAGAGUAUGGAUUGCAUUAGGCACUUAUGUAUUUCUGAUUUCGGGAUUUCUUUGCCUGAUACACUGGCUAAGAAGCGGAAAAUGGGACUAUAGUCAAAAUCUGCUCGAAGUGUACAGCUCACUAUUGUUUACUGGCUUUCACCUGAAAGCAAUUAAUGGUAUUGAACGCUACAUUCUAUUCGGAGUAUUAUUCAUAUCGGGAUUCGUGUACUCCACGAUGUAUUUGGGAUUGCUGAAGAGCAUGCUAAUAUCAGAGACUUUUGAAAAGCAGAUACAAACCUUCGAGGAACUGGCUGAAUCGAAUAUUCCACUCCUCAUCGAUCCGUACGACAGGAUGAUCUUUCAGCAUCAUCACAUUCCCAAAUCGCUCUGGACCGCCGUGAGAACAGUAUCUUCAGAGACAUUACUCAAUCAUCGAAACAAUUUCGAUCAGAACUACGCCUAUGUGAUGUUUCCCGAUCGCAUGGAUAUGUUCGUCUAUGCCCAGCAAUACCUACGGCAUCCAAAGUUCCGUCGCAUACCCAUCGAGAUUUGUUUUCUGUUUGCCGGAUUUCCCAUGAGCAAAAAGUGGUUCCUCAAGCAUCAGCUUAGUAGAGCCUGGUUCCAUUCAUUCGAGAGCGGAAUCGUGAAUAAAAUGGCCUGGGAUGCCUAUCGGGAGUCAGUUGGCCAGGGAUAUCUUAGGUUUCCCAUUACGGAGCACUUGGAGGCGAAGCCUUUGGGUCUAUAUUACUUCAUGAUGCCAACCAUUUCGCUAGUCCUCGGUUAUUCAGUCGCCUUGCUGAGCUUCAUUGUGGAAGUUAUUGCGUGCAAAUUAAAUUGUACUUCAAAAUACAGAUGUGGUUAA